AUGACGGGUAAACAGCUGAAACCGCUAACCCACGAGGCAACAAAAAACCUAGGGCAAUAUUAUACCUCAAAUAUGCUGCUCCAACUUCCCACAGAGUUGGUACAACUGGUUCUUCGGAGCUGCAACACACCAGCCUACUUCCAGGCAGCCUUUUCAAGCCGCAGGCUUUAUGAGAUUGCUUCCAGCAGCCGAGAAGUCAUCAUUCAUCAGCUGCAUAAUACUCCUGGUUGGAACGAUGGGAUUGAAGCUUAUCAGACUAGGCAUCUGUUUGAUGAGUUAAUGAGGCGCUCGUAUGAACAGUUAGAUGGGGCAGAGCAUUACGCCAACCCCACCUAUGAGUAUCAAAAUCGAGUGAUUGACUACCAUGCAUCGACAAUUGAGGCAUCAGAAGACAGCAUUCGAGUACUACUUGUCUUUAAAGGGCAUAGCACCGUCCAUCUGAUUGACAUGAGCGAUGGGGAUCGGACCGAAGUCAAAUUGAAAUCCCCAGGACAGGAUCUUGGGGAGGUUGAAAUCCUCCAGACUGCCUUUGGUGAAAACGGUGGAGUCUACGUCCUUCACCGAUUCAGACCAUUCUUAGACCAAGAGCUGGAUACAGACCACCCAUUUGUUAAACACGCCCUCAAGUCUUGCCCCAACGGGAGUAUUCACCUGGCCAACCAUCGCUUGAAUUCCAGGGCAAACACCAUUCGAUUGUAUGACUUUCCCGAAUGCCGAGAUUAUAAGCCACUGGCUUUGUCCGUCUCCAACGACAAAUUUGCAAUAUCAUGGCAAAACACGCUCGACCCCUUUGAUCAUGACGUGGUUCUUUAUACCGAAAUCUACGACGAUGACGAUGACGAUGACGACGAAGAUGAAGACGAUUCUAGCGAAGGCAUCACAGAAGGAAGUAAGGGAGACAAUCCCUGUAAAAUCACUUAUGCUGGUUUUGAGGCUUACGUUCUGACAAGCUCCAACGAUCAAGACCCACAUGUCCGUUCUUCGCGGGGACUAGGGCCCGUAAUGAAAUUGGCUUUCAAUGAUCGAGGCUUUCAGUUGCUCUACCACUACCGAGCUCAAAACAUAUACGGUGCCUUUCAGAGACUUGAUCGCAUCCCUGCCCCCCCAGGCGAGCCAAAGCCGCAUGUUAGUAAGAAUGCAUGCACCGUGCAGUUUUCGUCUUCCCUCUCGCUUCAAUUCUCAAUUGGAAUACCAUUCUUCGGUACUCAUGAGCUCGGCGAUAUAAACCGGGGGGAACACUGUCAUUGGCAGUACCUUGCCUUCGGCAUUGCCACCCACCGCGUUGAAAAAUGGACUGCGGCAUGUCUACUCAAGUCUGAAUCAUACACUGGUCCGCGGUGUACCCAUGUUUUGAAUCUUGACCGCGGAAGGCGCUUUGAAAAUUGGCAGAUUGUGGCGCAGCUUGGGGGAUUCCGGGAAGUAACAACUUCGCAUGGAUCUCCGGUAGCAACUUCGCGUCGCGGAACUCGUGUUGCUGUCGCUAACUGGAAAACCCUCUAUGUCUGGGCAUUGAAUCCGUCGGAAUUGAUUGAAGAGAACAGCACCGGCUUUUAUCCAUCAUCGUGGGAAUCGUCUACAGGUGCCAUCGACUUGCGACCAGUUGUCCUUCAUUUAGAGGCCGUUUGCUCUCAAUUGCGGUUCACUGAAAAUGAGGACGAGCUGGUUGCGAUUACUGAUCGCGGAGUGAUGUUCCUGAAUAUCGGUUAUAGUGGAAAAGGCAAGCGGCCCGUCAAACGCUAG